ACGCGGGCUAACAGCCGGCUGCUGCCUGGGGCAGGACAGGGAGGCGGCGGCGGCCCGGGCUCACCCUCACCCAGCCCCGUGUCUCCAGCCGGACCUGGCCAUGUUCCGCCGGAUUUUACAGCGGACCCCUCUCGGCUCUGGGAGUUCUGACCCAGACACCUCAGUGACAACAGCGCCAGCUGUGGAAGUCAAUGAUGAAGGUGGUUCUGAGGGCUUCAUCUGUCCGGUCUGUAUGCAAACGUUUCUAACAUCAACUGAGCUGUUUGAGCAUGACCAGAUCGAGCACACUGAGACAGACAGGGCGAUACAGGAGCAGCUAAACACAGAAACAGCCGUUAGUGGUUUUAUUUGCCCACUGUGUAUGAAGUCUCAUGCUUCAGCAGAAGAUCUCUUCAAACACUAUGAAGCAUUUCAUGAAGCUGGAAAUGAAUCUGGUCCCAGGGAAGAUCCAGCUUCGCGAAGAGACAACCUCUCCCUUCACCAGCAAGAGGUGCAAGAUCUGCAGGCCUCCUUAAAGGAAGAACGUUGGUUCUCACAAGAGUUGAAGAAAGAACUGGAUAAAGUGCAAGGGCAGCUGAAGCAAGCAUCUUUGUCCGGUGGAUUGAUGUCCCCUGUCCCCUCAGAGCAAACAGGUCUUCAGAGCCAACUAGAGAAUGCCCAGGUAGAGAACAUGAAGAUCAAGCAGAUGAAUGAGUUGUUGGAGCAAAAAGCUGCCACAUUAGCAACUGAGUUAGUCGACGUUAAGGCAAAAUUUGAUGAUGAGAAAAGCCACCGGAACCUUGCAGAGAUGAGAUUGCAAACUUUGAUGGAGGAGCUGGAAAAGGAGCGAACCAAGACUGAAGAACUGCAAAGUGAAUUGCUUCAGCGGCCUGGCCUGGAGGACGUAGCAGUUCUGAAAAAGGAAUUGGUGCAGGUUCAGACCUUGAUGGAUCAGAUGAGUCUUGAGCAGGAAAGGCGAUCAGAUAAACUGACCGAUGAAAAUGAACAGCUAAAGGUGCAGCGUAACACAGCAGAGAAACUUAAACUUGAGGCAUCUAUAACUGAGCUGAGCGCAGAACUGGCCAGAAAGCAGCAGGAGAACACGACACACUGCGAGGAGCUGCAGAGGGUCCGGCAAGAGAGUGAGGAAAUGAGAAAGAAGAACCAGAAACUUUCGGAAAAUCUAUCCAAGAAAGAAGUUGAGUUCCAGCAACUGCACGAUCGUCUGAAUGAGGCGUCUUUAAGUAAGAAGAGUUUGGAGACCAGCUUACAGGAGAGGGAGCUCGAUUGCAAGCAGCUCCAAGCAAAGCUGUCUACUGCCGAGUCACUGAUGCAAAGAGCGCACACUGAAUUGGGUCAGACUGGGGAGACGAGCCAGAAACUGAGGGGAGAGCUGUCGGAGGUCGAGGCCAAGUACCACCAGCUUCGAGCUGAGUUCAAACAGACACAGCAGCAGCGGGAAGAGAAGGAGCAGCAAAAGGUCCAGCUGCAGAAUGAGCUGAAUCAGCUCCACGCGAAGCUUCUGGAGACUGAGCGGCAGCUCGGUGAGGUACAGGGCCGGCUGAAGGAGCAGAGGCAGUUGUCUGGCGAGAAGCUGAAGGAUAAGGAGCAGCAAGUGGCUGACCUGCAGCUGAAGCUCUCCCGUGCUGAGGAACAGGUGAAGGAAAGUGCAGCUGCUACGACUGAAGUACAGCAUCAAUUGGACAAACUAAGACAGCAGCACCAGGAUUUACAGACUGGUCAGCAGAAUACUACAUCCCAGCUGAGGGAAACACAGAAUGAUUUGGAACAGGUGCUGCGCCAAAUCGGGGAUAAAGACCAGAAGAUCCAGAACCUGGAGGCUCUGCUGCAGAAGAGCAAGGACAGCAUGGUGCAGCUUGAAACUGAGCGGCAAGAGCUUGUUGCUAAAAUCCAAGAUGGCAAGGGUGAGGUGGCCAUUUUGAAUCAGCUACAGGAAAAGAACCAUGCCCUGCAGGACCAGGUUGCUCAGUUAACGGAGAAGCUGAAAAACCAAACAGAGAGUCACACCCAAGCGCAAGAGAAUCUGCACAAGCAAAUGCAGGAGCAGAAAUCCCAGCUGCAUGCUGCUGAAGACCGAGCUCAAUCCCUCGAGUCUACCGUUAGUGAACUCACCAAUCAGCUUAGUGAAACCAAGGAGAAGAUGACCCAACUUGACUUACAGGUGAAGGGAAAAACUGAGCUGCUGCUGUCUGCGGAAGCAUCCAAAACUGCACAAAGAGCUGACCUGGAAAACCAUUUAGAAACUGCCAAGCACGCCCUUCAGGAUAAAGAGCAGGAACUGGCCAAAGCUCAGGCUCAACUGGACCAGACAGCAGCAAAACUCAGUGAGAAGUCCGAGUAUUGUACUCAGUUGGACAGCUGCCUUAAAGAAUACAAAGAGAAGCAACUAGCUUCUGAACAUACAAUAGAACAACUGGGAACACAGAUUAAGAAACUGGAAUCGGACACUAAAAAGGCCGAGAUGGGUGAGAAACAGGCCCGAGAUGAUCAAAGUCGCCUCCAAAAACAGCACUCUGCUCAAGAGAAGCAAAUCAAAGACCUGAACCAACAGCUCAAGGCUGAUAAAGAAAGUGUGUGUAGUAUAAGGCAGGAACUGCAGGAGAAAUCAGAGGCCCUGGACCAGGCUAGGAAAAAGGUGCUGGAGUUGGACAAAGAUCGAGCUGAACUGAGCCAGGGGCUAGAGCAGCUGAAGCAGGAGGUAAAGACUAAGGCAGAGAGUGCGAGCAAACUGCAAGGAGAGCUGACAGCGCUCAGAUUGGAGAAAGAGGCUUCAUUGAAGGAGCUGAAAGAAACUAAGCAAGGCCUCACUCAGGCCUCAAAGGCUCUUGCGGAAACACGAAAUGAGUUGGAAAAGGAGCGGCACUUGAUGAAAGCUACCCAUGAUGAAAAGGAAAAAUCAUACGAGCAUGACAAACAGGAGUUGCAGAAAAAGUUUGAGAAUGCAACCAAUGAAGUGAAUGAGCUGAAGAGUUUGGUGCAGAGGAAAGAAGAGACUGAGAUGCAGCUAAAAGCCAGCACUGAUGGGCUGACUGCCCAAGUGGCCAAACUGCAGGAGGGUUUGAAGGAGAAACAGAAAGGUGAACAGCAACUCCAGACAAAACUGAAAGAAUCACAACAAUCUCAGGAGCAGCAAAAGAAGGAAUAUGAUGCCCAGCUCAAAGAAUUAAAACUGGAACUUUCUCAAAAGGCUGACGCACUGUCCAAGCUACAGCAGCAGGUGGCAGUGCAGAGCGAGCAGCUGGUGAUGAAAGAAGCGAAGCUGUCAGAGCUGCAGAAGGAUUUUGAAGCCUCUCAGAACAGCUUGGCCAAGCUCCAGUCAGACUUUUAUGGGAAAGAGUCUGAACUGUCUUCAACCAGACACGACCUGAAGACUAAAGAGGAGAAGUUGUUUCAGGCUGAAGAGGAGCUGGUGACCAGCAGAAAUCAAGCAGGUAGCAGUUAUCAAAUGGUGCAAGAACUGAAAAAAGCCAAGACUUCACUGGAGACAGAUCUGGCUAACAGAGAAGCUGUAAUAAAGGACAAGGAGAAAGUUCUGCUGCAGACUGAGAAAGAAAAGACUCUGAAAGAAGAUGAAUUAGCAAAAGAAAAACUCAAGAAUGAAGAGCUUGAACGGGCCAAGACGACUCUGCAGAAAGAACUGAGCAAGCUAACUGAGGAGACACGAGUCAGCAAUCAGAAAUCUGAGAAGGAGUUGACGGGGUUGAAAGAGGCCAAGCAGCUGCUGAUUCAGCAGAAACUGGAGCUUCAGGCUAACGUGGACAGCAUUAAAUCAAAGGUGGAGCAGGAGAAGAGUGAGCACCAGCUCACCAAGACCAAACUCAGUGAGGCACAGGCAGAGAUGAAGAAAACCUGUGCCGAGUUGGAGGCCAAACUGCAGGGUGAGCUGAAGGAUAAGGAAGGGCAAAAAAAGCAGCACGAAGAGGCCGUGAUCAAGCUCAACAUGCAGAUUACCGCAUUGAAUGAAAACAUGGCCACACUGAAGAAAGAGUGGCAAGGCAGUCAGCGCCGGGUGAGUGAGCUGGAGAAGCAGACCGAUGACCUCCGUGGAGAGAUUGCAGUGUUGGAAGCCACCGUGCAGCAUAACCAGGAGGAGAGGCGGGCUCUCUUGGAAAGAUGUCUCAAGAGUGAAAGCGAAACGGAAAAGCUGCAGGGGAAGGUGGUGGACCUGAGACGGAAGCUGGAUGAUACAACGGCUGCCAUGCAGGAGUUAGGACGAGAGAAUCAAGCUCUGCAGAUUAAACACACCCAAGCGUUAAACAGGAAGUGGACUGAAGAUACUGAUGUGAUGAAUUGUAUGGCCUGUGGAAAGGGAUUCUCAGUCACUGUACGGAGGCAUCACUGUCGAAACUGUGGAAACAUCUUCUGUGCCGACUGUUCUGCAAGGAAUGCCUUAACCCCAUCCUCAAAGAAGCCUGUCCGAGUCUGUGACACAUGUUUCGAAGAAUUACAGGGAUGAGUUUGCCUUUGCCUGGGGCUGGAAAAGUAUCACUAUUCCUCUUGUAUUCAUGCACUCACUUUGUGUUUUCUAAGACUGUGUGUUGAAAGUGUAAUAACUGCUGACCGCUGUAAUUAGUUGCUGUCAGUGAGAGCCUAUCGAUGUGUGUUCUGCAGCUCAUUCCCAAUCUUCGCAACUGCCGGGGCUCCCUAAUUCAGCCCCAGGCUAGAGAAAGGCAAGUUUCUGCGAUUGAUGGGUUUGGGUAACAGCUGUUUGAGAGGAGUCUCUGUCAGUUAAUGAUUCUGCCUAGUUUUACCCAGAAUUCAGUGGGUAUUCCACCCUUUCCGCCAAAUCCAACUCUCUUAUCAUUCACUGGACUGAAGAGACUAUCAGACUUUAACCGUAACGUGUUGGGAGUCUUCAUCCCUUGAGUUAGAUCGGAGAUGCAACCAUCUCUCACUGAGAUGGGGAACCUGGCAAAGUCUUAAGUGAAGCAUCAAAUUCCUUUGAAAACUGAGCAUCCUGAGAAACCUCCAACUUCACUUCCCAGGAGGAGGAGUGAGAUUUAAGUGAUAAUCUCCAGCCAGUUCCAUCGCCAUCUCCCAUUACAUUUAAGCUGGUUACUUGCUUUCUUGAAAGUGUUGAUGUCAGAUGUCCUCCUCUUUUCAUCAUCCGCUUUCUCCCUCCCUUAUUCUGUCAAUAGUUUGGCAAUGUUGGUGAUCAGAGUGAAGGCUGGAUCUGUACUGCAUGUACUGAACUCAUCCCUGGAAACUAUCCAGAGUGACUGCAGCUGUCUUUUACACUUCAGCCUUGUAAUAACCAACUGGCAGGAGCUGCCCUUUGGUAUCUCCCCGUUCCCCAUCUCUGCUUCCUCCAGGCCUGUCCUGUUUUGUCCAAGUCUCUGCACUUCACUGUGUUAGUGACAGUUGGAAUCCAGUAUAGUGUUUUCUGUGGUGUGUCCAUCAGCCUCUUGCUUUACAGUCUGAAACCCAGCAAGGAGUUGAGAGCCUAAUACUUUCCCUAAGCUUGUCUCUUCUCCUUACUGUCACUUUACUGAGAGCUGAGCGAGAGGGAAUGAGACAUGGUGCAACUCAGGCCAAAUGCUGCCUGCUUUAUGUUUUCCCAUCCAGAUGCAUUCACUAAUCAAUCCAAUUGUUUCUUUUAUUAACUUGCUUAACUGCUCCCCAGAUGGGGGCUGUUUCCCUUGGACCUGAUCCAUAUACGUGGCCAAAUUUAAACCCCCAUAUCGAGUUCACAGGACCCUUUCACAGAGAGAGUACAGGUGACAUUGUCAUGUGUGAGUUAGUUGUACAUGGUCUCUGUGCCACACACAGCUUCACUUUGCUGCUUCCUUCCUUAUGAAACACUUCUGCUAGCAGUGGGCUUGAGCUUAAAAGGUGUUUUUUUGGUCAACCCCGUAAUGAACUGACAUUCUCUGUUCUGAUAAUGUCUGCAUCUACACAAAACAUCAGUGACAGAAACUAGCUGCUUUCAUGCUUUUUUGUUGAAAUAAAAUCGUGUGUAUAAUAGAGAAUUAUGUACAAAAAUGGUAUUAACUUCCAUAUUAUCAUGUGAACCUAUGUAUAAAUAUUAAGCAGUUUAAUUCUGGCUAUUGAAUGAAGAUUGUAACCUGUUUAUAGCAAAAAAAAAGUUAAUUUGAUGAAUGAUGCAACCUCCACAAUUAAAUUUGUUUAGUAAAAGAGAA